AUGGGAGUACGGACUGCUCUUUCUGCUGUCGCUUUGUACGGCCUUGGUGCUAUAUCUGGUGCUCGUGCUUGGGAGACUACGUGUACGACCUUCACCCUCGGUAACAGUACGGGCGUGUCGGUUAUUGGAGCGACGGAAUACCAAGCCGGUGACCUCGUGAAUGUCACGAAUGUCUUCUCGAGCAUCGAGACGAGCACUCUGCCCGCGUUCUGUCGGAUUGAGCUGCUCAUCACCACCAACUCCACCUCGAAUAAGACUGCCAAUACCGAGGUAUGGCUCCCUGAUGCCUGGAAUGGUCGUUUCCUGGGAUUUGGCAACGGUGGAUUUGGGGGUGGCGUCAACGUAGCCGAUCUAGGCUUCGCCGCCGUGAGCCAAGGAUUUGCAGGAAUGUCUACAGAUACCGGUCACAGCUCCACCGUGAUUGACGGCACCUGGGGAGGCCCACAUAACGAUGACGCGAUCAUUGACUGGAAUUGGAGAGCCCUGCAUUUGAGCGUGGGAGUGGCCAAGCAGGUUAUCCAGCAAUACUACGGCAAGCCCGCCUUGAAGGCGUACUAUCUCGGGUGCUCCACUGGCGGCAGACAAGGCCUGAAAUCUGCGCAAGACUUCCCUGAAGAUUUUGAUGGAAUAGUCAUCGGAUCGCCAGCCAACUGGAUGAGUCACCUAGAGGCGUGGUCUAUUCAUAUCGAUCUCAACGUUCUGCCCGUCGGCUCGCCCCAGUGGAUCCCUCCUGAGCUGUGGACUGGGGUGAUUCACGACGAGGUGCUGCGGCAGUGUGACGCGCUGGAUGGGCUGGCGGACGGCGUCAUCAGCAAUCCCCUCGCGUGCAACUUCCGACCUGAGACGCUCGCGUGCCGCGCGGGUCAAAAUACUUCGACAUGUCUGAAUCUAUCCCAGAUACAGGCACUGCAUCAGAUUUACUCGGAUUACUACGAGACAAACCAAACCUAUAUUUUCGGUCCUUAUUACCCCGGAGGUGAAAUAGGCUAUACCUUUGGCUUGCUGGGCUUUCCGGUUCUGCCCAUCGCGCAAGACUACUUCCAAUAUUUCAUCCUCAAUGAUACUACCUGGGACCCUACUACGCUCAAUUAUAGUCUCGUUCAGUUCGCUGACGAGCUGUCCCCGGCCAAUGCCAAUGCCAUCGAGACCAACAUCACGGCGUUCGUUGAACCCGAGCGGAAUGGAAAGAUCAUUCAUUAUGUUGGUUGGGCCGAUCAGCUCAUCAGCCCCGGCAACUCUCUACACUAUUAUGAGACCGUGCACGCCUUCAUGCAGUCCAACACGGAGUAUAACAUCGAUGACUACUAUCGUCUGUUUACGGUACCGGGGAUGCAGCAUUGGUACGGAGGAUACGGAGCAAAUGCUUUUGGUGGCGCUGGUCAGGCAGCUGCCGCGACACCCCCUUUAUCUUCCGAUCCCGUGCACAAUGUCGUAUCUGCAAUCGUAAGCUGGGUGGAAGAAGGGGUCGCGCCUGAUUAUUUCAUCGCGGCGUAUUACCAGAAUAAUCAACAGUCCCAGGGGAUUGGUUUUACCAGGCCGAUCUGCAAGUAUCCGGCGAAUGUGGUGUACCGCGGGGGAAACGUAAACGACUCCUCGAGCUUUGCAUGUGUGUAGGAGUUAACAUAUUGAUUGAUCAGUCGGAGCGCCAUGUCAUUUCUCCUGCUAGCUGUGUCCCGGUAUUGAUGCCUAUUGCUGUACUGUGUAAAUGCACCGAUACUUGUCUUGACGAAGAAUCCAGAAUAUCCCAUGGGCAUGCAGUGCCAGGGGCAGGGCGGG